UACGGUGUUGUGCGUUUCCAAAACACAUGCACAAUAGCAAACAAGGAGAGCGGAACGGCGCAUGUAUGUUACUCCGACUUUGUAAAUAGCUGAUUAUCACGAACCGUUGUUAUGAUAAGAGACCAUUUGCUUAGUGCAAGAACGGUUGCAGCGGAAGAUUCUGCAGCUUUUGCGAGGUGAAGAACAAGUGAUGAAUAAUGCUGUUGAAUUGCGCUUAAAACAGCUGCAUCAACAUGAAGACGAAUUUAAUAGCUGCUUGAUCUGUUUCUAGAUUUAUGUUUAUUUAUUAGAAGACCCCUUUUGCCAUUUUAAAUACCAAGAGCAGCGCAAUGCAUAAGGCGAUAUUUUCGUUUUAGCCAAGGCGUCACUUUCCAACACAAUCCUCUAUCUAGACGCUUCAAAAAGUGCAGUGCUUCCAAUUUGAUAGACCGUAAAUGUGAAGAUUUUAUUUUCAUUUCUUUACCUCAUUGUCAUACGCGCAUUUCUUAAGCAAAAUGGAAAUCACGCAAAUGUGGAAAUUACAACCUGGUUAAUCAACAAUAUAUACAUUUUUAAAUUAAAAUAGAAGAUAUAAGAAGAUGUUUGGCCGUUUGAAAUCUGCUGUACGCGUCAACGGAAUAUAGUUAAUCAGAACAUCUGAUGGGAGAAAAAGACGGAGACGCCGUCUACUCGACCCAUCUGCAAGAAAACAAAACAUGAAAAAGAAGCAACAAAUGGUUCGUAAAGAUAUUGAUUUCUAUUUGGAGUCUCCGACGUAAAGAGGGGAAGUGCGACGAUUUUUGGAAAAGAAGCGAGUCAUUUGGCAUUAAAUAUUAAUUCAGCUGUUUUGAAAUGAUGCUCUAAAAUCUUAAACACACAUGAUUUGUGCCCUCUUAUUAUGAAAUACUUCUAAUGGUAAAACCUGGAAAGAGAACUACCUAUAGAAUGCAUUGUUUGAAGAUAAGAAUCAUUAUUUUGUCGUCAACAUCAUUCGAAUCUCUUGAGUCGGACUGAAAAAGAAAAAAACUUUGAAAAUUUAAACACACAAGCAACUAUAAAACAAUGCCGGAGUGCCACGAUUCCUGGACUGUUACAACAUAUCAUUUUGAUGUCAAAAGUACUUUCAUUAACGGCUGCAGGCAUAGAGUAAUAGGUGCAAGCUUUUUUACAAGGUAUCAUUAUGCUACCCGCAGUUUCGCCCAGUUGAAUGCAGCGCUUCAGCAUGUAAAUUGACUUCAACCUUGUACCUAUUUCGGUUGCCUCUGGGACUAUAUAUUCUCCAACCGGAAAUAUAUAUAUCAUCUUUAAAAUGGAGUUUGCAAUGGUAGGUGCUGAAAGUGGCGGGUGCAACAGCCAUCUGCCUUACGGAUACGCACAGGCGCGCGCUAGGGAGCGCGAACGCGAACGGGAGAGGCAGGUCCAGUCGCGUGCCGCAGCGGCAGCCGCCGAGGCUGGAUCGACUAGUGAAGGGCAAUGUUGUACCAGCCAUCACCCCAACAACCACCAGCUGCAUCAGUCUCGCGCCGCCUCCUCGUGCCAUGCCAACAACACCAGCGGUAGUACCGCCUCGCGCCCCUCCUCUUCGCAACCGGCUCAGCAGCAGCACGCGGAGCAACAGCAGACGGUCCUAAGAGGGAGGAAAAGGCAUCGCGGUGCCGAGCACCGAAGAAGGAACCGUCCUACUCUAGGCGGGGACCUGCGUCACUCGGAGUUGGCGCUACUCGGAUCCGAGGAGGAAAUUAUGAUAGAGGAGGAGGAGGCUGGAGACGAGGGAGAAGAAGACGAGGACGGAGGCGGUGGUGGCGAGGAGACGAGUGGCAGGAGAAAAAGUUUUGUCUCUAAUAUGGAUGAUGAAGAAGAGACCUUUUCACUCACGGACAGACGCCCCCAGUCAGGCUACGAAAACGUUUACAGCGAACACGCCUGCUGCGAAAGAGUUGUCAUUAAUGUGUCCGGUCUUAAGUUCGAAACACAGCUUAAGACUCUAAGUCAGUUCCCGGACACACUGCUCGGGGACCCCGAAAAACGCAUGCGGUACUUCGACCCCCUGAGGAACGAGUACUUUUUUGACAGGAAUCGACCAAGCUUCGAUGCAAUUCUUUAUUAUUACCAGUCCGGGGGGAGAUUAAAGAGACCCGCUAAUGUGCCCUUUGACAUAUUUUCAGAGGAGGUCAAGUUCUAUGAACUGGGAGAAGAAGCGAUUCUCAAGUUUAGGGAAGAUGAGGGCUUCGUAAAAGAAGAAGAAAAGCCUUUGCCUGAAGACGAGUUCAAGCGUCAAAUUUGGCUUCUCUUCGAAUACCCAGAAAGUUCAAGCCCUGCGAGAGGCAUUGCUGUCGUGUCUGUUUUGGUUAUUGUUAUAUCCAUUGUCAUCUUCUGUUUAGAAACUUUGCCCGAGUUCCGGGACGACAGAGAAUCCUUCAGCGGGGGUAACAACUCAUCACAUCCCGGCAGUGAUUUCACACCAUUCAACGAUCCCUUCUUCAUCGUGGAGACCGCGUGUAUCAUCUGGUUUUCUUUUGAGAUAAUCGUCAGGUUCUUCGCGAGCCCAAGCAAACCCGCCUUCUUUAAAAACAUUAUGAACACUAUAGACAUUGUAUCCAUCUUGCCUUACUUCAUUACCCUUGGCACAGAUCUUGCCCAACAACAAGGCAACGGGCAGCCGGCGAUGACCUUCGCGAUUCUCAGAAUAAUUCGUCUGGUCAGGGUCUUUCGCAUCUUUAAGCUUUCUAGACAUUCAAAAGGUUUACAAAUCCUCGGUCACACUUUAAAAGCUAGUAUGAGGGAACUAGCGUUGUUGAUCUUCUUCCUUGUCAUCGGCGUUAUUUUGUUUUCCAGCGCCGUGUACUUCGCCGAAGCCGAUGAGCCGACGUCCCAGUUCACUAGCAUCCCAGACGCCUUUUGGUGGGCAGUCGUCACCAUGACCACUGUCGGAUACGGGGACAUGAAGCCAAUAACAGUGGGUGGUAAAAUAGUGGGCUCACUUUGCGCUAUAGCGGGAGUAUUAACCAUCGCUUUGCCCGUCCCUGUUAUCGUUUCCAACUUUAAUUACUUUUAUCACAGAGAGACUGACAAUGACGACCAAACACCGGCGGUACAAAACACUCUCCCCUGUCCGUAUUUCCCUGGAAACUUCUUCAAGAAAUUCAGGAGUUCAGUGUCUGCUUCUUCUAUUGGGGAUAAAGCAGAGUACAUGGAGAUGGAAGAAGCGGUGACACAGUCCUUAUGCACUUUGGACAAGCAAAGCCCGGAAAAAGGAAACGGUACAGAUAAUGUUCGAGGAAACAGCACGAAUCCCAAAUCGCUUCAAACCGAUGUAUGAUUACAGGGCUGUAAAAAGACAGUUUGGCCUUUAUUAGUCGCCUGUUACGAUUUAUGGUACAGCGUGCAGAGAGUACAAGUCUUAUAGUGAUGAACAUUCAUACAUUGCAUUUAGAAAUCACACACAGCAAUGUUGCAUACAUGGAAUUGGUAUUUCCGUUAGAUGUUUAUUUAUUUGCGCUAAAAAUAUAACUAUAUUCCCGUCGCUUCGAACUUCCCUAGAGAAAGGAUUUCAGUUAAAACAUGCAACGGCAAGAUCACCAGCUUUAAGUAACAUAUCUUUCUAAACCACCAAAUUACUAUAAAAUAAAGCUACUCAUAGACAUAAUUGAUAUUUCCUAUGUAAACUUUAUUUUUUGAUGGCACUUUACACAGUUUUACUUCUUUGGAAUUAGAUUAAUGGGAGAGGUUUUAGCACUGAUGUAUAAUGCAAGACGAAUAUAAUUAGGAAGUUAAAUGCUUAGAUCAGAUGAUCGUCAGCAAAAAGGCGAGUUUGUAACUAAAUUAUAUUUACCCUUUUGAUACGGCAAUUUGUCCGUAAUUUGGAGAUUCAUUAAUAGAUAUUGUAACAAUUGUGUACGUUGUGGUUUACAAAGUGACAAAGAAUUUUUGAAUCCCGAUUUUAGUAAUCCUACGCUUCAAGGUCUCCUAAAUUGUAAAUCUAUUACUGUUAGGAUGGUCAUUAAAACUGCGACGAUACCUGUCACUGUGAUCUGUGCCACAGAAAAUAAUUCGCUCUCGAUUCGAAAUGUUCAAUGCUGAUCAACUUUUCAUACACAUUCCUGAACGACAUGGGCGCAAGAUAGGAAUGAGGUAGUUUAUUAGACGUCUAAGAAAUUCUCUUUUUAUACAGCUGCAUCAAAUUCACCGACAGCGGCUAUAGCAAGAACAAAGAUGCGCAUUUCGGCACCUCCUUAAAGCAUGAACUGGAUUUUAUAUUUGUACAUGAACUUUUCAUGCUUUGAAGGCAUGCACUGAAUUUCUGCAGUGAGCAACGAAUACAUGCUUGGCAUUGCAUAUGUAUUACCUGGAGCAAAAACUGCAGGGACAAAGAAGAGCGAGAAGUUUGGACAACUCAAAAGAAAACUUGUGCUUGCCCCUUUAACACCGCAAGAGAAUGUCAGCAUUCCUCUUGAUGAAAUCUCACGGAAAUCUAAAAAUAUGUAUAAUUGAGUCUAUGAGUAUGGACGAUUUUUUUUUCUUCUUUUGAUCAACUGACUUCCUGUACAAACCCUCAGUGAAAGAACUUUUGGUCUUCCAGGACAGCAGAUGCAGGAUACAGGAAAUAUAAAAAGGACAGGGUUGCAGCGAGUCUAUUCCAGGAAGCACAAGGCAGGGGGCAUCCUGGAAGGCGUGCCAGUCUACCACAGGGCACACACUGGCACAGCAAAGCUGAUUCAGAGACAGGGAUGCGCAAACAGGAGGAGAACAUGCAAGUUUCAUGAAGUGCCGGUCCGGGAAGCAGGACAAGCGUGGGACACAACAACUCAACAUCACGUUGGAGGCCCCCAGAAAGGAAGGGGAAAAGAGUUACUUUUCAGGGUCCAGCUGAUUGCCUUAAUGAUCAGAAACAUAAUGCAUGAUCGAGUCACCGUAAUUAGAGACCUACUGUAUCAAGACUCAUCUUUUUUCCUCAGAUGUGAUGCAGUGUGUUUUAGGGCAGAUAUUUUAAUACUUCGGAGAGAAUAGUAUGGUUGUCAAAUGUACUUUUGCUAUCAGCUCCAUUGUUACUGAACCAAACUAAAGAUUUCUGCCAUCUUUUGGUGGCAAACGGUUUUGUUUUAUUUUGUUAACCAAAUACCACUGACUUAAGUGGAGCUGCUGAAUGAAAAGUAUGUGUAUUUGUUUUUAAUUUAUAUCCAUGAUUUUGUUGGUUAAAUUUCACUGAAAAGGAAGGUUCUUCCAUGACUUUGCAUUGUGUACAGAUGAUCAGUGCUACUACACCUAUUUAAUUACUCAUAGGAACUUCUGUUUUAUGUGAGUUAGUGUGUGCGUGCAUUUGUGUGUGCAUGCGUGUGACUGAAUUUGUGCGUUCAGUGACGUUUACAGUGUUGUCAUGGGAAUAGCAAGGCAACGCAUGUGAUCACAGACAAGCUCACAAACACGUAGACAUACUCACACACAAAACAAACACCUAGGAAACACAGAAAUAACACUGCCAGUGUUAAGCACAGUGCUGAAUUUUGCAUUAAUAACAUUUAUCAUAUUAUAAAUCCCUGAAAAUAAUAAAUUUCUUUUAAUGAUGUAAUGGACAAAAUGGUUUAUGUUUGAAUAAACCAUUUGCUACAAUCUGAUAUACCCACUGAGUGAUUAUUAUUCCUGGCACCUGAUUGGAGGUGAAAUAUUUCAGAACAAUCAUGCGUAGAACUUGAAUUUGAGUAUUCAAUGUCUGUCAGAAAUGCAAUUGCAAAUUCAGAUACUAUAUACUAUAAUCGCAUACUGCAAUGUUCAACUUCAUAAACAAUGUUAACUUGAGACAACAUUCACACAUUUCUUCUCUUAAGCAGCUUUAGAGAAAAAAAUGUUUGGUCGUAAUACUGAAUCAGUGGAUGUCCUGUACACUUGGAAGAUGUGCUAUCGCCCUACGCAUUUUACUUAGUUUAUCCAAUUAGAAUAAAUAAACAAUAAAACACUUAGAAAAAUAUGUGCCACCCCAACCCCCAAAAAAUCUCACUGGCUUAAUAUAUUUUGGUGAAUAUCAAAAAAAGCCAUGUGUUGGAAGAUGUGUUUUGUGUACUAUUAGAGUUAUACAAUAUAUAUAGUGCACUAGCUUAAGAAGGUAUUGUUGUAGAAAAGUACUGUUCUCUAACAGUACGAGCUAAGACAAUUAGUUUGUGUCUUUAUCAAAUUUUCAAUGGCUAGUGAUUGAAAAUCAGUUAUUCUGACAAAGGAACUUAAAUAGGUAGAAUCAAUAAACAGUAAAUUCAACAUCAUUCUCCCUAAAAUAUGUUGUACUUGUGCACAUAAAAUGUCACUGGAUCGACCAUUAUCCUCUUCAGUAAAAACCUUGCUAAAUGACUACUUUAUAUUUUAUUUUAUAUUUUAGAAUGACCGGGGGGAUUCACCCCAAAAUAACCAAAGGCUACUAGAAAGUAUAAAAAACAACAAAUGACUUGUUAUUUUCUUUAAGGAGAGACAGAACUGGAAAAAGUUACAAAGGAAAAUCUUAUAUACAAAUAAAGUAAAGUCACUUGUGUUGAUGAGCAUAUGCACAAUGUAACUAAAUACUGUUACGAUGAUACGAUGAAGGUGAUCCUUUGCAGUUACCACAAUCAUGUUACAGACAUCACAAUAAGAGGAGAAGCAAAUGACCUCAACACUUAACCGCUUGUUGUGUCAUUGACUUACAAAUGGUAACGAUAGCGUGCUGAUGGGUAACUCAAUGAAAGUGAUAUCAACCCAAAAUUAUUUAUUGUUGAAAAUCUGAAAAUGUUAGACAUCUGAAAACAUAUAGUUUUGUAUUACAGAGAGAUGUGUAAUAUUAAUAUUGUAUCCUUCCUGGUGUUCCAGAGUUCAGAGGGACCCUGCCAUCCUUCAAUUUUGCAUGUUUUAAUUUUAACGGUGUCCAGAUCUAAGAUGUAUUUUUGUUAUUUAUUAGGAUGUUACCAUGAAUUUUAGGACACCCUAAUUUCCCUUACCUAUUUUCUUAUUUUUAUUAUUAUUAUUUUUCUUUUGUAAGGCAGUCAUAAUUAGAUCGGAUUUUCUAUAUUCAUAUAAUUUUGUAGGCAGCAAUAUGAGAUGUGAUGGAAAAACAAGAAACCAUGUGCAAUGUUAAAUUAA